AUGCAGAGAGGUAGAGCAGCUAAUGAUAGCUCCAUAGCUCCCUUAAUAUUCCCAGACAUCAAGUAAAAAUUGCCAAAGGACUAUAACAAGGAUAACAAGUAAAAGAUAAAGAUGAAAGAAUUUGAACUUUAACAGAAAUAGGAAGAGGAAAAAAACUAGCCUAAAAAGGGAGAAUGGAAGAUGAAAAGAUUCCAAAGCGUUGAUCCCAAAGUCCAGAAUGCUGCAAUAAAGGAAAGUGGAAGAAAUAACGGUGGAAAAGAUAGCUAUAACAAUGGCAAUGGGGGUGAUAACUCACGUAUUAUGAACUAAAAAGAGAAUCAAUUCGAUCAGCAAUAUAACUAGCCAAUUCAUCGAUCAAAUAGUAAAGGUCCAGCCUCUAUUCAGAUGGACAUGGGUGGAAGACAAAAUUAAUCUAAGCCUGUAUUGAUGCCGACACAAAACAGAUAAAAUAGUUAAUUGAACAUUCAUAGCAAUGACAGCCAGUAGUAUGACUAUCAGAUCCCUUUAAAGGAUAAUAAAGUGGCAAUUACCAACAGGAAUUAAAGAAAAGCAGUUAAUCUGACUGCUGAAAAUAUAUUCUCAGCUACAGAUGACUAUCAGCCUUCCCGUGUAGUAACUUACGACGAUACCACGCUUGUAUCAGUUCAAGAAAACUAAUUGAAAAAUCCUCAUAAUCUAUUAAGUAGUCAGAGAAAUCUCCCUCCAUAGUAGCCCAAGAGAUAAAAUCUGCCACCUUAACACCCACAGACUACAGUCAAUUCAAACAGACCACCUGUACACUAACAACCUAAAAGAGAGAUAUAGAGUUAAAAUUAAACUGAAUAGAGGCCUUAGCAUGUCAACAAGUCAGAUAAUAAGAACUAUAUUCAUGAUAACAUUAAUGGAGUGGUAAAUGUGAAGUAGAGCAGUAAACUAGGUAGGAAGGACACAGGAUCAAAGUCACCAACUUCAAAGCAUAAGGAAUUCGGAAAGGUACCUAACUACCUGAACAAAAUGCAGAAGUAAAAAGAUGAGGAAAUUGAAAGAAGACGGCAAGAAGAGGAGGAGUCUAAGCUUCCACCAGGCACAAGACUCAUGCCAGAAGAUGAAAGACUGAGAACUUUAGAGGAUCUACAUCAAACCAAGAAAGAUAUCAUUAAUAUGCUAGAAAAGAUGCCACUAGCAAACUAGAGCAUGGCUUUGGUGAAGAAAAAGAGAGAGAUGGAAGAUAAACUUACGAGAAUUGAAAAAGCAAUUGAAACCUUUUCAAAGAAAAUUGUUUAUGUAGCCAUAUGA